CGCUCGCCUCGUCCCGUGACUCACACAGGCUGUGGAGCAACUGCAGAACCUAUUCUAGCGCCGCCCGUCUCCGGCAGUUACAUUACCCCCCCCCCCCCCCUCUCUCUCUCGUCUCCAGUUCACCGCUAACAUGUCAGAAGGGUUGAUCACAUCCAGAACAAUCCAGAAUGUGGCUACUGGAAUAGACCUGUCGGUCCCGGACUAUCAUGAGAUCCAUGGAAAAAUGAUGUCUGGCCAUGUUGAGUAUCAGAUUGUUGUGGCCACUCAUCUGGCCUCCUUCAAGUCCGCAAAGCACAAGACUAAAGAUGUUGUUCAGUUUGUGGUAUCCAAGAAGUACAGUGACAUUGAUGACAUGUGUCAGAAGUUGAGAACACAAUACCCAAAGGCAAAAAUACCGUCCAUGCCCAGAAAAGUUUUAUUCGUAGCGGAGACUGAUAUAAAGGAACGGAGAGUUAUUUUUGAUGAAAUCUUCAGAAGUAUAGCCAAAGACACAACCUUAGCAUCAAGUCUGGCGUUGUUGGAGUUUUUAGGAGCAAAAACUAAAGACCUUGGUGAUACAGAAUUAAAACCUGAAAGUGCUGCAGAUCAGUUGCAAGUAGAGGAAGGGGACUCGGAAGAUUUCUUUCAUCAAGAAACACCUAAGAGCACAGAGAUAUUGACAUCUACAAAAAGCACUCCGCCAAGUGUGGAGGAAUAUGAAGAAAUAUCUGAUCCUCUGGGUGUUACUAGCUAUAAAAAGAAGUCUGCAAGAAGCACUGAGUCUACUAAGCAGCAGACAAAACACAAGUUUACUCUUUUUGAUGACGAAGUAGAUGCUGAUGCUGGGCUCUUUCAACCAGUUAAAGGUUCCACCACAACAGCCACAACAAAAUCCACUUUCAAGGAAGCUGACUUUAGGUUGUUUGAGGACCCAGAUUUGGGCGGAACUGUCCAAACCAAUGAUCCUUUAUUACUUCCAUGUCCUGGUGAGCUUAAAGGCAGCACUGUGAAUGUAAACCUUGAUGAGGACACUGAAGAAUUGUUGAGAGUUGAAGAUGACUUGGAUAAAUUACUGAAGCCGAGGGCCAGUAAUGAAACAAAAGCAACUGUGCCAACCAAGCCAACUGUGCCAACCAAGCCAACUGUGCCAACCAAACCGGCCAUGGCAAAGAAGCCGGCUGGACCAACCAAGCCAGCUGUGCCAACCAAGCCAGCUGUGUUCAAGAAGCCCGCCUGCCCCUCUGAAAUGAGAAACAAUCUUGCAACAGAAGCUAGUUCCUCCAGAAGCACUGUGGCUGCCAUGAAUGAACUGGAUAUUCUGAAAUACAUUCAAGAGAAUGAGACAUCAACUACAGACACACUAGAUCUGUUUUGAACACAUUUUCUUUUGCCAAUGUAUAAAUCAAUUUCUGGAACAAUCUUUGGUUAUCUCCAUAAAAAUACAUUAAAAGUACUUUCAAUUAUGUUUUCAUUGAUGCAUUUAUGGACAUGAAUGAAAGAAAUGUAAUUGAAAAUUCUAUUUAUUUCUAUUUGAGGUAGAUAUCCUGUAUCAGCCAAAGCCUCUUUCUUAAUCAACAGAAUAGAAGGGAUAUUUUGAUUCUGCAUUUAUGGUGAGGAAGUGAACCUACCAAGUACAUGUGUCAGAAAAUCACAAUCAUCAUAUCUGCAUUUUUCUGUUAGUCUACAGACAGGGUUGGUGAGUGCUGGAAAAAUAUAACACUGUUUAAAUGGACCAUAAAUGUAAUUGGGAUACAAGGAAGGGCAGAACUGGAUUGUAAAUCAAAAGAAAACAAAUUGUGUACUUGAUUCAGCAAUGUCAGUGUGUCAGGAUGUCAGGAUGCAUAUGGAAUUCAUCCAAUUCAUCCGCAUUUAUUAUUUGCAAGUAGGGAUUUCCUAAUGCCAGAUAAAUAAAUUCCUUUCACUUAUUCCAACCA